UUUUUGGCCAGAUUUUGAACCCGGCCAAAAAGCAGGGUUGAUAAAUAAAUAAAUGACCAUCUAAUGGAUACUUUGAGAAGGGGAGAGCAAUUAAUGGUUGAAUAAACAAAGGCCGCGUGAGUGAGUAGUCAUUUCCACUGUUCUCACAUUUCAGUUACAAAUCACAGACUACUCCUCCCAUAAAUCCUAUCCUCCCUCUCUCUCUUCUACUAAAAGAUCUAUUUGUCCUCGUAUUUGCAGUUUGUGAGGUGGGUAUGGUUCCCAUUCUGAAUACCGUGGAAGGAGAAUAAAUUAGGAGAAAAUCUCUGAAACUUUUGCUGAUUUUGAUUGUGAUGGCUUCUUCAUUCACCGCAAACCCUGAUAUGAACUUGAACCCGUUGCGCAAGAAACGAAGGAAAGUCAGGAGGGAAAACCAGUCCCAAAUGAAUACAACAGAGAAAAUGGGUCGUGCUAGAAGAGGAACCGAAACGGAGCAAAUGAUCUACUCAUCUAAGCUCGUAGGUGCCCUCCGCCAUCUCCGUCGCCCCGAAUCCUCGUCUCCCUCCGCCUCUGGUCGUGCUGUACGUGAGGCUGCUGACAGAAUCCUCGCCGUUUCAGCUAAGGUAAAGACUCGCUGGAGCCGGGCUAUUCUCACCGGUCGACUCAGCCUCCGACUCUCUCAGAUCAAUAAGAAACGCAAGAAGGCAUCAAAACCGACAACCGUUGAUUCCAGGUUGAAGAAACGGACCGUCAAGAAGAAACUGCCACCUGCGCAUAGUAAAGUGCGGGUUUUAGGCGGGUUAGUUCCCGGUUGCCGGAAGCUUUCAUUUCCUAACCUACUAGAAGAAACAGCUGAUUACAUUGCGGCUCUGCAAAUGCAAGUCAACGCGAUGACUUUUCUCACUGGCCUCCUUACCAACGGAAGCUCGUUAGCCGCUUCUUCUGAUCAGCUCGGCUCGGAUCAGUAGGGAAUCAGUUAUAUUUUGUUUGUAUUUUCACUAUUUUAAUAUUAAUUUUUUUAAAAGCACUAUGUUAAUAAUUGGGAAGUAAUUAUAUUUUGCUAAAUUAUGUGCACGUUGGCUUAUUUCACAACGAGGGUGUUCUACAAUAAUUUUAUAUUCAGAUAUGAGUAGGGAUGGUAAAAGGAAUUCAUUCUGUCUCAAAUGAGAAGAAGAUUACCUGCCGAAUUGGUUAAUUGGGGCAGAGAUCAUUGUUCCGAAGUUGUUGCGGGAAACAUGGUUUAAUCGAGUAUGAAAAUGAGAUAAGGGGACAAAAAUACUCGAUGGAAUGGAGGAUGGGAAUAGUUGACCCAUUUCAUACUCGUUCAGUUGUUAUCCCUAAACACCGCAUUCAAUUAUUUAAUUUGUGUGAGGUAAAUUUGCGUAGUCUUUAUCAUUUUGUAUGAUCAAAUUCUGUUUUCGUUUGAUGGUUAGAAUCCAUUUCGAGUAGCUAUUAUCCCUGAAUUAUCACGUUCAAUGAAGUGGUCCGCUUGUUUAUUGUCA